CUAACUCUCUAUUGCCCUCGCUAUUGCCGUUGGAGAUUAUGGCCGUGGACGAAGAAAUAAGCCUAGCACGGCGUUUGUGGGCAAAGUUCAGAAAGGAAUACUCCGUUUUCGCUUUGUACAGUCCUUUCUUUGUGCGGUUGGCCUCUUCUACUCUCCACUCUCCGACCACCUUCCGCCAUUUCAUCUCUCAAGACCUCCAUUUUCUCAAAGCCUUCGCUCUCGCGUAUGAAUUGGCGGAGGAUUGUGCAGACGAUGACGACGACAAAAAUGGCAUACGCGAUUUGAGGAAACGUGUAAUCCGCAGGCUUCAAACGCACGACACUUUUGUCCAAGAAUGUGGAUUUGAGCUCGCGGACGAAGGCGCUUCUAACGACAUUGCAAUGAACAAAUACACAGAUUUCUUGCUUGCAACAGCAUCAGGAAAAAUUGAGGGAGAAAGAUCGGCUCCGGGUAAAAUUGCAACCCCUUUUGAAAAGACCAAAGUUGCUGCUUACACACUUGCUGCUCUGGCUCCUUGUAUCAGACUCUAUGCCUUCAUUAGUACUGAGAUUCAGGGAUUUCUAAAUUCUGAUGAUUAUGAAUCUCACAUAUACAGAACGUGGAUAGACACCUAUUCGUCUCAAAUUCUCGAGGAAACAGCUUUGCAAAAUGAAGACAUGCUAGACAGACUUAGCAUUUGCUUGACUAGUGAGGAGCUUGAAAUUAUAGAGAAUCUCUAUCACCAAGCAAUGAAACUUCUAGUAGAUAAUGUUGUUAAUCAACCAAUUUCUGAUCAGCAAUCUGUAGUCCCUCUAUCUCGGAUGUAUGAGUUCGACGAAUGCCAUCUUACGAUCCUAUGUGAUUUUGAUUUGGCAUGCACUGCAUUUGACUCUGCUGCCAUACUGGCUGAGAUUGCAAUCAUAACAGCACCAAAGGCUGAUAUUGAUGGAUCUGAUCAAACGCAACUCGCUCGGAUGUCUUCUGCAGACUUGAGGAGCACUUGGGAUGUCCUAUCCACCCAAUAUACUGAAGAAUUUGAACAAUCUGUCGAAAGCAUUUUGGCCAGUAAUAAAGUGGAAGAAUUCGAUUAUGAAAGUCUAUGUAACGCGCUUGAACAACUUGCGGAGUUUGAGAGAAAGGCAAACGAAAGGGUGGUUGAGUCCGGAGUACUGAAGGGUUUGAAUGUGGAGGAUAUAAAAAGGGCUGGCCAGAGUCUCAUUCAGGAUGGUUGCAGAAGCUUCUUUCAAAAGAUUGUGAAAAAUGAAAAUCUGAAAGCUGAUGUUCAUGUACUUUCAUACUGCUGGUGCAAUGACCUAAUUGUAUCAGCUUUUUCUUCAGGAGAUCUAAAUGUCUUGAAUGUACAUUCAAAUGAGCUAGUCUAUGAAGAAUCUGUUACGACCGGCGAAAUUGUGAAGAAGAUGGAGUCUCCCACGGAAAAACUUCAAGCCUUCAACGACAUCCUAAUCGACCGAAAGAGUGAAGACAAGCACUUGACAGUUUACAUUGGAGGCUCAGUGGGUGACUUGCUUUGCCUUCUUGAGGCAGAUAUAGGUAUUGUGAUUGGAUCCAGUUCAUCCUUGAGGAGACUAGGUGAUCACUUUGGUGUUUCAUUUGUCCCAUUGUUUUCUGGCUUGGUGAAGAGGCAGAGAGAACUUGCUGAAGAUUGUUCCUCUAAUUGGAAACCAAUGUCUGGAAUUCUUUAUACAGUGUCUAGUUGGGCUGAAAUACAGGCCUUUAUUUUAGGUACAUAAGCACCACUCUUCAGAAAAAUUUAGGUGUAACCGGAGAUAGAAAGAGGAAAAUAUGUACCGGGUUACAUUUAAGACCCUCCCUCUUACUCUUAUGGGUAGUUUUAGAACAAACCCAAAGGAAGUUCAUAAUACACAGUAGACUAUACCUAUAUAUGUAGACAGUAAUGGUGGCUAAGUUUUAGUUGAUUGCCACAGCCAGCCCCAUUUUAUCUUUAGGGACUUGCCGAGUAAAAGAAUAAUCUCUUAAUUCAACUAUUUAUCUGUGUUCUCCUUCA